AUGGGAAAAAAGAAGACAAAAGGAAAACGAAAAGCAUCUCGGAGUGACAAACGCAUGCAAAAGCUUUACGCUGAUGCACUCCAAGAGGUAAAGAAAAGAAAUAUCAAUUUAGACGAUCUGCCCGACAAAGAUUCUGAGGAAAUCGAAGAAGGCAGCGCUGAGCGAGAGAAAGUUAAACCUUCGGCGCAAAAGGCCAAAAAAAAUCCUACAGAUGUCCUGAGGAAACAAGAGCAAUUGAGAAAGCCUAGGGUUUCUCUUUCUGUUCCAGUUUCAAAGCUGGUUCCCUUUAAACCAGACGAGAGAGGAUUAGAAUUUCCCCGGGAUUUUCGCCGCGACUCGAGAUCUUCAGAAUGGAUUCCACGCUCUGUGGGGUUUCCACUGUUUGACCCAGGGGAAGUUUUCAAUGGCAGAAGAUCGCCCAGCUCUGAAUUUAAUGAUGAAAUCGAGAAUAUCAACGUCGUCUCUGACAAAGAAACACCUGCAGCAAGGAAUGACUUGAAGGUGGACGAGAUUUUACAAGUACUGCCUCUUCGUAUUGGUGACGCAGAUAGUGAGAAUCCUCCAGGGGACAACAAAGUUCGUUCUCAUCUUCCACCGAUUUAUCGACAAGAAAUAUGGCAAGAGACAAUGCGUCAGGCCUCAACAACUUCGCGGUCAAUUCCCGCCAAACAAGACUCGUGGAACAUAGAACACGCUUCGCUGAUGGUUGGAAAACAGGAACUUUACACAAGACAAAAAUGCAAGACUAGUGUCAGUUUGGCCGAAAGACGCUUUCGACUCCGAACCACAAGUUCAGGGGCAGUUUUAUCUUAA